GGCAAGUUUGUUCAUCAACAAGUUAUGUGUGUCAUCCCAUCAUCAAAUAAUUAAAUAAGCUUCAAAGCUAUGGUGUAUAUAUAUAUAUGGGAUUUUAUGCAGAGUGAAAUAUAUAAGUUCUUUCUUCUUCUCUACACUGAUCAAUACAGAGAAAGAGCUUCAUAUCAACAACAAUGGCUGCAAACAUCCAUGAUCAAAGUUUCUCUAUUGUUUUUGGUCUUCUGGGGAAUAUUUUGUCUUUCUUUGUUUAUCUUGCCCCACUGCCAACUUUUUACAAAAUUUUCAAGAAGAAAUCAACAGAAGGUUUUCAAUCGAUUCCAUAUUCAGUAGCACUUUUCAGUGCCAUGUUGCUUCUUUACUACGCUUUCCUCAAGCAACACGAUGCAGUCAUGCUCAUCACCAUUAACUCCAUUGGGUCCGGCAUCGAGUCCAUUUAUCUCAUUUUUUACCUGAUUUAUGCUACCAAAACAGCCAGGCAAUUUGCAUUGCAGAUAUACACGACAAAGCUGGUUAUAUUUUUCAACAUAGUGGCAUUAGGAUUAAUCAUACUUGUCACCUUGGUAUUUUUUAAAGGCCAUCUUCGAGUUUCUAUCGUAGGGUGGAUUUGUGCCAUCUUCUCAGUUUGUGUCUUUGCUGCUCCCCUUAGCAUCAUUAGAUUAGUGAUAAAAACGAAGAGUGUGGAAUACAUGCCAUUCCCAUUGUCAUUCUUUUUGACUCUCUGUGCUAUAACAUGGUUUCUUUAUGGGUUUUCAUUAAAAGAUUUCUACAUAGCAACACCAAACAUUUUGGGGUUCAGCUUUGGGAUAACUCAGAUGAUAUUAUAUCUUGUAUAUCGCGGCGAAACGAAAGCAUUGGUCUUGCCUGAUAGCAACAACAAGGUCCAAUUAGAGCAAUUUCCGAAUGCUAAUAAUGUCCAACAAAGUACUGUAAACCAGAAUCAAGAAGGUGCCAUGAAUUAUGGAGUUGCAGGGAUGAUUAGCAACUCACAAGUUGUCCCUAGUGAACUCAACGUUUGAACUCUUGAAAGUCAUAAAAUGGCAUUGCAAGUAAUAAUGGAUCUCGGACUUAGUGAGUUAAGGAAUUCAUACAAACAUUUACUAAGUUUGAAAUUCAUUUUAACAUAGUCAAUACUUUCCUAUUUUGUAUAAAAAUUUGAAGUAAUAUUGCAACCAUAGAAAAUUUUAAGUAUAUAGAAGGAAUGGCAUGGCGUAUUUCCAGAUA